ACACACGCACGCACGCGCGCGCGCGCACGCGCGCACAGAAACACGCACAGAAACACGCACACAGGCGGCGGACUGAAACACUGGAGUGGAGGUUUGCUCCUUGCCACCGCGGAUAACCUGGCGCUGAAAAAUGUUGAGGAAACCUCUGGUGAACAUCUGUCUGCAGCUGAGCCGCCGCCACCGACAUGACGGGAUGUGUAGAGGAGCGGCGGGGCUGAGUCCGGACGUCCACCGCCGACAAACAUCCACCACCAGCAGCGACACGGUGAUGGGCGUCAGCAAGCUGAAAACCAUGGAUGACUUAGGCGGACCGAGCUUCGCCACUACGUUGUACUGGCUUUUUAUUAAGGGAUAUUUUCAGACAACGCAGCAAAUGCAGAUCGAGCACAAGAGGAUCUACGGGAGAUUAUGGAAGUCUAAAUACGGCCCUCUGAUUGUGGUGAACGUGGCCAGUGCUGACCUCAUAGAGCAGGUUCUGAGGCAGGAGGGCCGACACCCCAUCCGGACCGACAUGCCCCACUGGAGGGGCUACAGGGAGCUCAGGAACAAGGCCCACGGACCCCUAACAGAGAUGGGAGCCAAGUGGCAGCGGAUCCGCAGCAUCCUGAACCCGCGGAUGCUGAAGCCGAAGCACGUGUCAUCGUACUCCAACACCAUCAACCCGGUGGUGACGGACUUCAUCAGUCGAGUGGCCUGGCUGAGGGAAACCAAAGGACAGGGCGUCAUGGUUAACGACCUGACUGAAGAACUGUACAAAUUUGCAUUUGAAGGUAUCUGCUCAGUUGUGUUUGAGACCCGUUUGGGCUGCAUGAACGAGGUCAUACCCGAGGAAACCCAGAAGUUCAUCUUCUCGGUCGGGGAAAUGUUUCGGCUCUCCCCUAUCAUUGUCCUUUUCCCCAAGUUCCUCUGGCCGUACUUGCCUUCGUGGAAACAGUUCAUCGCCACCUGGGAUCAUCUUUUUAAAGUUGCUGAGAAGCUGGUGAAUAAAAAAAUCGAAGAGAUCCAGCAGAACGUGGACCUGGACAAGAACGUGGAGGGAGCGUACCUCACGCACCUGCUGCUCAGCGAGCAGAUGACGGUCACGGAGAUCCUGGGCAGCAUCACCGAGCUCCUUUUGGCCGGAGUGGACACGACGUCCAACACCAUCUCCUGGUCACUGUACCACCUGGCGAAGGAGCCGGAGAUCCAGGAUGGCUUGUACCAGGAGGUGAUCAGCGUUUGCCCCGGAGACAAAGUGCCGACCAGUGAUGACAUCAACCAGAUGCCGUUCCUCAAGGCCAUCAUCAGGGAAACGCUCCGGCUGUAUCCAGUGGUACCAGGAAACGCCCGCGUCACGGCUGAAAAUGAGAUCGUAGUUGGGGAUUAUCUCUUUCCAAAAAAGACUCUGUUCCACUUGUGCCACUACGCCGUGUCGUACGAUGAGAGCAUCUUCCCCGACCCUCAGACCUUCCAGCCGCAGCGCUGGCUCAGAGACAGGGACGACAAGGUCAAGCAGCACCCGUUCGGGUCGGUGCCGUUCGGCUUCGGGAUCCGGGCCUGUUUAGGACGGAGGGUGGCCGAGCUCGAGAUGUACCUCGUCUUGUCCAGGGUGAUAAAGCACUACGAGGUCAGGCCCGAUCCCGCUGGAAAGACGGUGAAGCCCAUCACCAGAACUCUGCUCUGCCCGGCGACGCCAAUCAACCUCCAGUUUCUAGACAGAAGAGCAGCGCCGGCCGCGGAGAGAGCGACAGCAUGAGAGUGUUUUUUCCCCCUCACUGAGCCGUUUGGUAUUCAAACCGAGCUCCCAUCGUGUCACCAAGCUUUUGUUUCUGCAGAGUUCACAGGAAUGAGCCUUCACUGAGGCGUGCAGCACAGGCUGUAGAGAAAACACAGCUAAAACGUCUGAAAUUUGUCUCAAUCAACCGCUUUGGAGAUGCUAACGUUGUUUAGUGCGACAAGUUGCUGGUCCCUCCUUUAUUUUAAAUCAUCACUCUAGUCCAAAUGUUUUCAAACAGCAGGAAAGUUCUCACCAUUUUUUCACUUGGAGCAGUUUGUCGUAGAAACAGGCGCGUUGUUUUCACUGCCUCAUCUCACAGCAAUUCACAGGGACAGACGAUUUAUUCUUCAAUUCAAGCAUUGAACUUGUACUAAACCUGCUCCCUUCAUCUAUUUUACAGUGAAUAUCAAUACCCAAUGAGGUUAUCACAUUACAACCAUGUACGUUUUUAUUUUAUUUUAUGGGAUAUAGCUACAAAAACAAGUGCAUUAUUGUGAAGUGAAAGGUAAGGAACACAUUAAGGAAACGCAUCCCUACAGAAUAAAACUGCUGCUGCCAUGUUUCAGUACAAGAGACAGAAUCCUCAAAGUGAAGUGUGCAGACAGUGUUUAGCAUGAAAGCCAUAACGUUCAGUUAUUAACACUCUCCCUGCUGGAACAGUCAGUUUUAAGAGGCUUGGUGUGUAUUGAUAAAUUUGCAGUUGUGCCAAAGUCUCUAAAUGUUUUUUGUUGCUCUGUAUUCAGCUCCACCCUGCUCUCCUACUUCCUUACCUAUGAAGAGAAUCCCCAUAGCAUGAUGCUGCCACCACCUUGUUUCAGUGUGGGCAUGCUUUGCUUUGUCCCUACCAACGUCUGCUGUGCUCCUUGGUCGUCAUGACGCCGUCUGUUCAUUCAUGUUUUCCCACAAACGUCUAGUUAAAUUACACUUGGUGCUGCUGCAGAUUCUCAGACACUAAUUCUGAAGACAGUUGGUUUCACUGAAUUGUAUUUGGAGGUAUCAGAGUAAAAGAGGGGUUGAGUAAUCAACGCAGCCCUGCAUCUUCACACAAAGGCAAUUUUGAUGCGUAGAAAACAAGUCGCAUUUAAUCUAGUAUCAAAGGAUUGUCCUUUUAUUUAUGUUGCAUUUCUUUGAACUGUUUGCAGAAGUGAAUUAGUACAAAUCUGCAAUACUUUUGACUGUAAGAUUUAGUUAAUUGAAUAAAAAAAAUAUAUACUUUCUUCCUA